UUAAAAACUGUAUUCGUGAAAUGCUCACAAGCUUUGUUUGCAUCAUCCAUGAAUUGAAACACUUUGAUCAAAUCAAAAAUGGAUUUACGAGAAUUUUUUGAUAAUAUUUUCAAUAUUGACGACACAAUUGAAGAUUUAGAAAAAAGUUUUAUACGUGGUAAUUUUAUAUUCGAUGAUGGUUCGCUAAGAUCAAAUAUACGACCACGUGAUUUAAUGUUGAAAAAUUCAUCGACAAUUCGACGAUCAACAACAAGAAAUGGUGGACAUCAUUCAAUUGAUAAUUUUUUCGAAUCAUUCGCUGAUGAUCGUCAACAAAAUAUUGGUGGUGGUAGCAUAGCAUCGAAAUCACAAUCAGUUAUUAAGGAAUUUAAAUCCGAUUCAAAUGGCAAAUUUGAAGAAAAAAUUGUCAUCAAAGAUAGUAGUGGUAAUGAGAAAAUCAUUACAAAACAAUCGGAUGGAAGUAAAACCGUACAAAGAGAAAUACAUAAAAAAGACGAUAAAAUUGUUCAAGAUAAAGAAAUUGUUUCCGAUAUUGGAGGUUAG